AUGACGUCCUCCACAGCGCCCGCUGAGAGCGCCGGAGGAAAUCUGCCGGAUGCGUUGAAGGAAGCAGUGAAGGCGGCACUGGGCCCGAGAUAUCCUGAGUUUGUGAAGACGGUGAGGAGCAUGAAGAACAAGCAGAUAGAUGUUGCAGCGGCGAAUCUGAUGGUCUCGACGCUUCUUGCCGGCAGAAACGACCUGGUGGAGCAGUUCAAGAGCUGGAGUCAGUCUGCUGGCCCCUCCCAACCUGCUGCUCAGCCACAACCUGCUUCUGCAUCGUCGUCAGCCCAGAAGCCGACAGGCGCGACAGGGCUGGGAACAAACAUGUUUGAAGCGGGAGGGGCAAGCAAGCCUGGCUCGAUGUCACUCUCACAAGGCAUCUCUCCGAUCAAAGGCGGCAGCUCUCAGACAGCUGAGAAUCAGUCAGAGAGCAAGCCCUCGCCCACCUCCAAGAUAGCAACGGAUGGGAAACUCGGAGCACAAACCAAGACGGCAGAAGCAGUCAACCCUGUAGGGUCAGCGUCAAAGACUCCAGUAGUGAAAGAGAAGUCUCCCAACAUCCUUUCAGACCCCGUGCUGCACAAAGCCGGGCAUGUCUCCAGCAGACACGGCUCGCUGGACCACGUACAGAUGUUUCCCUUCGGCUCGAGAGCUUUCUCGUACAUGUUCAAGGACCCAGCUGAAGUCAAGCAGAAAGACUCUCACUGGUUGCAGAUCAAGGACUCAUACGCCUCCCCCUCGCGUCUCAAUGUCGGGACAAGUCGAAGCUUGACUCCCCGUCUCCUCAACCAGUUUAAGAGCUCGCCGUCGCAGCGCUUUGACCGUCCGUCGCCUGUGGUUCAGCUGAACCAGUCGAGCUUGAGGCUGGUGAUCGACCGCGACAUCUCUUCCCUCAUCGACGAUCAGAUCGUCGGACGGUCGGAGGAUGCGCGAGAAGUUCUCGAUGGGUGUAGGUCCACCGAAUCCACUCCUCGGUCUUCACAAGACUUGGGAUCGGUCCGACGGUCCGACAGCGACGACUGGGAGGAGGACAACGUCUUCCGAGAACCCAACACUCCUGACUACUCGUCGAGUUCCUCGCAGAGGAAGGAGGAGGCUCUCCAGGCUCUGCAAGGCUUGACUGGUCUGGGACGUGAAGCCAAGAGCGACUGGCAGAAGAGAAGGGAGCAGAAGAUCGCGGCGCAGCUCAAGCGCCAUCAUGCUGCAGGAGAGGAAGCAGUGAAGGGCAUGGAGCAGGAGGUACAGCGGAUACGGGGAGUGCUAAAGGAUACGUCUCAAUCGGAGAGCAAGAGCACCCUCGAGGAGUUGGUCCAGGCUCUCAACAAGACCUCGGGCUCGAUGGAGGAGAAGCUCAAGCCUCUCUCGUCUGCCUGGACGUACUUGCUCUACGGGCAUGCGGAAGGCAGCAAGGGAGAAGUCGAGGAGCGGCUGGCGGAUGUGACGAGGCUCCAGAGCAAAUCAAAAUCUCUGAAGAGCGAUAUACUUGAGCUGGAGUCCAGCAUCAACGAGAAACAGAAAGAGCUCAUCAGGAUCUCCGAGGCCCGCAAGGCUCUCGCGCCUUCUUGGAUCGGCCUGAUCGCCACUCAUGACAUCGCGGAUCUCGUGAGAGCUCGGGCUCAGCUGGGCGAUGUUUGCAAGGGGAUCUCUGAACUCAGCGCAGAGGUGUGGGAGGAGUCAGGGCCGCAGCACCUCAAGAGCAGCUUGAGCCUGCAGGAUCGAGCGGAGAAGCUCCGACAGUUUGCCAAGGAACGAGAUAGCCAGAUGGACUCUGGUGGCAGCACAAAGCUGCGAGCGUUGCUGAUUGCCCUCGUCCUGACCCGCUCAGACUCCAAGGAAGCAGCCGUCAGCCUGACCCUCGAGAUCAUUUCUAUCCUCCCCAACGUCCUUCCCAUCCUCGUCAAGCUCUGUAUCUCUCGCUGCGCUGCUCUGCUCCCCUUCUUUGCCCCUUCCCGCCAGCCCUACAAGAACAAGAACGAGCCUAACAGCCUCCGCUGUCCCCUUGGCCUCCCCAUCUCCGGUAGACGAGACUGCAACAGGUUUCCGCUUCCCAUCCCCGAGUACAGCGCGAGGCUGAAGGAGGACGUGGACGCAGCGGCGACGAACAUCUUCCUGGUAAAGGAUAAACCGCUCAAGGUGGGGAACAUCGCGUCAAUCUGCCUGCUGGAUGAGGAAUGGAUCCGCAUCCUUUCCGACUCCCCCGGCGCCGACGGGGCCGUGCAGGUGGAGCGGAAGCUUUUCGGAUCCAAGGAGGCGACGCACAAGCGAGGAGCGAAGCUGAUCCCGCACGUGAUGUACCCGGAGGGAGGGACGGGAGUCACGGAGAUGUUCGCUCGCCUCCUCGUCGCUCUCUCCGGCAUGGACGCCAAGUGGACUCACGGGACGUUCCAGCAGUUUGACCCCAACGGCCCCAAGCGGUCAGCGGAGGAGAGGAUGUACACAUGGCUCGCCAGUGCUGCUCGCCUCUGCUCUGGUCCUGUAGCGCACGACGAGGACAGGGAGAGGAUCAAGUACAUGCUGCAGCACAUGAGCACCUUCCUGCAGGUCACUUCCGUCCCGCUCGUCUCCUCCUACCCCAAGCAGGCCAGGAAGAUCGCGAUCGCGCUCAAGGGAAGCGCAGCUGUCCUCGAAAUAUGCAAGACCCUUCCGGAGGCCAGCACGCUGAUCCCCAUGCUCGACGCUCUUGCAUCAGAGGAGGAGGAAGAAAAGAAGAUAGCAACCUUGAAAUCCUACGUAAUCCAGUCGAGCAAGCAGGAAGAGGAGGAGGGGGAGCAGUAUAUCGACACGCUGCUCUCGAGGACGUGGGACAGCUUGAGCAAGGAGCAGCACGACAUGUUCAAGAAGAUCUCAGAUGGGGCUGGUUUCAACAACAUUGGGUCCGACAAGUCGCAGAUUGACAACAAAGCGAAAUUCUUCUCGGCUGUUCUGCGUGGAGACCCUUCCGCCCUUGGUUCCUCACCCAUCUACUACGAUACCGUGCAGAGCCUGACGCAGCUGAUGGCGGGCAAGAGCGAGGAGGAGAAGAAGACGAUGAAGGAGCUGAUCCAGGCGAAGCUCGCCGAGAAGUUCGUCGAGCGCAUUCAGCAGCUGCCUAAGAUGUUCACCUUCGGCGGAGGCUUCCAGGGCUUCGCAUGGUCGGCAUGUCUGGGUCGGGUGGCCGGGGCUUCUGAGGAGGGGUUGUCCUUCCUCAAGUUCCUCGGGCAGCUGCUGGGGGAUGAGCACGUGGGAGUGCCGCACAUGCGAUGCCGAGCUGAACCGUCGGAGCGACUGAACAAGGGAAAUGGCGAGACGCGUGCAUGCGUGAACAUGUUCGCUGCUUUGAUGCAGAACGAGGAACUGUCGCUAGCCGCGGCCAAGCAGCUAGCGGAGGACACGAUCGCUCAUGCAGACCGCAGCGCCUUCUUCACCUACCUCUGGGUCAGAGAGUUCUGCGGGAAGCAGUCCAUCGUGGCGGCACUGCAGCAGGGAGCCAACGCGUCUGCCGCACUUGAAGCGCUCGAGGCAGCGGCAGAGACGCUCAACACCGUCCUCAAGACUCUCUUAGACUGUCCCCUCGUUAGAGCAGCUUCCUCCGACAUCACCGACAUGCGUAUCAAUGAGCUCCGAGGCCUCCAGAACCUGCUGGAGGCUUUGAACUGGGACCCGAGAACGAUGCAGCCGAGGUGGACGGCGCAGAUCGAGGGCGGGAGGUUGUACAUGCAGCACAUCGGCAUAGCGGAGGGCCCGAGGACUUACGGAGACGUUCUCAAUGAAAGAUGA